CUCGUGCCAAUUGCGAGCGGCGAUGAAGGCGCAGCGGAAGCCAACCAAGACAGCGACAAGAGCGCCGGCGCGCCGCCGGCCCGAGUGGAAUGCGUACCUCACUGAUGCAGCAUCGUACCAGCUCAACCAGGACCAGCUCUUGAAGAAGAAGAUUCAGAUGCUGACCAAAAUCCCGACCGAGCUGCCGCGGCGCGCCAUGCCCGCACCAGCCACGCAGCGCGCCAUGACGGCGCCGCCGCAGCAACGAGAUACCUUCCAGCACCACUUGCGUCGCCCGCCUAUGCCGGCGCUCUCAGGUGAUCUCCAGAAGCAAGAGCUGCAGCGCGAGAUCGACCGCAUGGACCAAAUGCUCGUGUCCCUCGAGCUCCAAGCCAACGAAUUCGACGAGAGCGCGGUGGCCGACGCCGCGAACGAGCCGCCUCCUCCGCAUGCUGCCUACGAGGGCACGUAUCUCGGCGACAACACAAUGGACACGACGCAGCUCGACGCGAGAGACUCCACUCGCCACGUGUUGGUCCUCGUCGAGCAGCUCCAGCAAGAACUGCAGCGCGAACGCGAGGCGCGCGUGCAGCAAGAGCAAGUCAUCCAGGGGCUCCACGAGAGCCUGCACGCGCUCACCAAUGCACAAGCAGCCCUUCGUGACGACUUCAAGCAAGCGGUCAAGCACAUCGUCAAGCUCAAGCAGACCGUGUCGCAGCUCUCGGGCGAGGCGAAACCUGCUGCCGCGACGCCAAGUCGUCGCGACCACCCAACGGCGUACGGUGUGCCCAACCAGGAGAACGUCGUUCCGGGCUACUACAAUCGAGCUCCGAGAGAGAGCUACUAACUAAGAACACAAGAGUCCGGU